GGGGAAGCCGCUGUCGGAAGAAAGAUGGAAGCCGCGUAUUGCUGCGGAUCCGGCCCGUGAUCUGAGACGUAGCGACGCGCUGGGGGGGGGAUGGUAGCCGAACACAGCCUCGGUGGCGGUGUGCGCGCGCUGCGCCGGCGUGCGUUGCCCGCUGCGGAGCCCCAGUCCCGAGCAUCGCUGCUCGUGCGCUGCUAGUAGUUCGAGCCUCGUCGUGGAGAAGGAGACCCACCGCCACCCGCCUGCCCGACUUGUCUUGUGUUGUCCGCUCCGGUCAGUGAGUGUGUAUGACCCACCAUGGCCAUCUCCCAGUUUCGCCUUUUCAAGAUCUGUACAUGUCUGGCCUCCCUGCUGUCCUUCUUCAGACGCUUAAUAUGCAGGUCUGGAAGGUUACGGAAGCUCAGCGGCGAUCAGAUCACUCUGCCUACGACCGUGGAUUUCUCCUCGGUGCCCAAACAGCCAGAGAUUGAGCAGUGGAGCUCCUGGGAUGAUGACACCCCAACCAGCAUCAAGAUUGAGGGUGGCAACGGCACUCUGACCCCCCAGGCUAAUGAGGUGCCGGAGGAGGAGCCCGACUACUUCAAAGAUAUGGCCCCCACCAUCCUCAAAACGCAGAAGAUUGUCCUGAAGAAGAGGGAGCCGCUGAGUUUCUCUGUGACGGAUGGGAAGACUGGGUUCUCGAGCCGGCUGGCAGUCACACAGGACAUGCCCUUCAUCCAGCCAUCGGCUGAGCUGGGUGACAUGGACACUUGGCAGGAGGAGACGAGCGCCUGGGAGGACGAGUCAGAUGCCGCCUGGGAAGCAGAGGAAGUGCUCAGGCAGCAGAAGCUGGCGGAGAGGGAAAGGAGGGCCCUGGAACAACAGAGGAGGAAGAUGGAGAAGGAGGCCCAAAGACUGGUGAAAAAGGAGCAGAAAAUCGCAGUGAAGCUUUCCUAACACAGACAGACAGACAGACAGAGCACCCCCAUUGGGGCGCAGUGGGUUCCACCACAUCAGGUCUUAUCUUCUGCAGAGCAACAUCCUCCAUCAAAGCCACUUUUUUUUUUUUUUUUUUUUAAAAAGCCAUUGCUUGGUUACCGUGUUGUCUCUGAGGCCUGUGGGAAGCCGGUGUCUGCGUCAGCAGGGUGUCAGGGGACUUGUUUUUCUCCUGCUGCCGUUUUCAGGAAUCAGCCUAAGUGUUUUCCCAAAUGGACCCAUAAAAACUGCAUAUUUAUGGACUUAAAGAGCACAGGGAAUUGCCUUGCGUCCACCCUGACGUUCACUUCAGACGUUUUUUGUGUUAAUUCCUCUAUUUUUGGUGCUUUUACACAUUGUUUUGUUCCUCUUCAUUUGUCUCAUGAUGGUAAUGGUUGUGUGUGCACAUUUCACUUCUCAGGAGUCCCGUAGAGGAUCAGUAAAAACGGACAUCCUGGCUGCGUCCUGGCCAAGGAGAUGACUGUGUUAAAACCCUGCUGGAGCGAUCUGGGUUUCGGGAAAGCUUUAUGCUUAAGAUCAUAUUUAAACCAGGUCGCCGACUACCAAACACUGUAUUUUCUAUGUGAGGUUUUCUGCAGGACUUUUAAAAUGCAGUUAAAGCCAUAAAUAUUUCAGCUCAAGUAUUUAUACUUUUCGAAUAGUGCAGGGAUCACAUGGGCUGCACAGUAUUCACCCCCCCC